AUCAUUCUGACUGUUAAUAUGGCUGCCCCCUUGACUGAGGAAAUACAACGUCUAUCUUAUUAUAAUAUUAGACCAUUAUUAUUACAUGGAUAUGUAUUUCCCUUUCUUUUUGUAUACGCAGCAUGGGCAUAUGUGUGGGCCUAUGUUUAUGGAAUAAAUGAUUAUUAUGAAGGUGGCUUAAUUGCUCUAGCAGGCAUCGGCUUAUUGCAAAUUUUAACAUCGUUGUUUUGUUUAUGGUCGGUCCACGUCAGAUGUGCUUUAACCUGUUCCAAAGUUGCAGAUCCAUUUAAAGCACAGUGGGUGAAAGUUAUUCCAACACCUAACAAUGGUUCAACAGAGCUCGUUAGGCUGCAUCAUAAAAAAUCAGAUGAGGGAGAGUCCCUUUGGUUCAUGUUUCAAAAAACAAAGUAUACCUAUGAUGCUGCUGAGAAGAAACAGUUCCUUCCCCUUAUUUUUCCUAUUGACUAUUCUAUUUCUUACUACAUGGACAGUAAAGGCUAUCAAGAAGAAGAGGAAGUUACAGCAGCGGAAAAUACAUUUGGAAAAAAUUCAAUGGUUAUGGAUAUUCCAAAGUUUCUGGAGUUAUUUAAAGAAAGAGCUACUGCACCUUUCUUUGUUUUCCAGGUGUUUUGCGUUGGCCUGUGGUGUCUAGAUGAGUACUGGUAUUACUCAGUCUUUACUUUAUUUAUGCUGAUUGCUUUUGAGGCAACACUGGUACAACAGCAACUUCGUAACAUGGCUGAGAUCAGAAAGAUGGGCAACAAACCUUACCUUAUUCAAGUCUACAGAAAUAGAAAGUGGAUUAAAAUAAUGACGGAUGAAUUACUUCCUGGGGAUAUUGUAUCAAUAGUCAGGUCUCAAGAAGAGAAGAUUGUACCUUGUGACAUGUUACUAUUGAGGGGAUCCUGUAUUGUUGAUGAGUCAAUGUUGACUGGAGAGUCUGUGCCUGUUAUGAAAGAACCUGUGGAACUGCUGGAAAUGAACCAUGUCUUGAACUUGGAGCAGGAUGGUAAACUUCAUGUGCUUUUUGGUGGGACUAAAGUUGUUCAAAAUACUCCACCUAGUAAAUUUGGCCCUGUCUCAAAAGCGAGUGACAAUGGUUGUAUUGCUUAUGUCCUACGGCAUAGCUUCAACACCUCCCAGGGAAAGCUGCUUCGCACUAUUUUGUUUGGUGUCAAACGAGUUACUGCUAACAAUUUGGAAACUUUCUUCUUCAUUAUGUUUCUGUUGGUGUUUGCCAUCAUUGCUGCUUCUUAUGUUUGGAUUAAAGGUACUGAGGAUCCCAGCAGAAACAGAUAUAAACUCUUCUUGGAGUGCACACUUAUACUAACAUCAGUUGUUCCUCCUGAGCUUCCAAUAGAAUUAUCUCUGGCUGUCAACACAUCACUACUUGCCCUCACAAAGCUGUAUGUAUACUGCACAGAACCUUUCAGAAUUCCAUUUGCUGGCAAGAUAGAUAUCUGUUGUUUUGACAAGACUGGGACAUUAACUAGUGAUGAUUUAGUGGUAGAAGGAGUUACUGGAUUUAAUGGUUCAGAAGUUAUAACUGCCAGUGAGGCUCCACUGGAAACACUUCAAGUGCUGGCCACAUGUCACUCAUUGGUUCAGUUAGAUGAUGAAUUGGUGGGUGAUCCACUGGAGAAGGCAACAUUGAAGGCUGUUGAGUGGACACUGACUAAAGGUGAAACAGUCGUGCCACAAAAGAAGAAAACUCAUGGCCUGAAGAUCUAUCAUAGGUUUCAUUUUCAGAGUGUACUAAAGAGGAUGUCAGUCAUCUUAGGCCACACCCCUGCAGGAAGUACAGAAGUACAGUAUAGUGUGGCUGUCAAAGGAGCUCCUGAAACACUUAAAUCAAUGUUCUCACAUCUGCCCUCAAAUUACGAUGAAGUUUAUCUCAAGAUGGCUAGAAGAGGAGCCAGAGUAUUGGCCCUUGGUUACAGAAAACUUGGCAACAUGUCUCAUCAACAAGUGCGUGACAUUACAAGAGAUGCUGUGGAGAAAGAUUUGGACUUUGUUGGCUUUGUGAUCAUAUCCUGUCCUCUCAAGUCCGACUCCAAGGCUGCCAUCAAAGAAAUCAUCCACUCAUCUCAUCAUGUUGCAAUGAUUACUGGUGAUAACCCAUUGACUGCUUGCCAUGUUGCUAAAGAAUUAAAAAUGACUAGAAAAGAAUCAACUGUUGUUUUACAGCCUCCUAAUGAUUUGGCUGAUGAAUGGCAUUGGCAGUCUAUUGACGAUAAAAUUAUUCUAAAGGCUAAACCACUUAAUCCUAAGAAAGACUUGCUUGGACUCUAUGACCUCUGUCUGACUGGAGAGGCUCUAUCCUACCUUCAGACUGGAGAUAAGAAAUAUUUUCAUAUGUUGUUGGCUAGUGCUAAAGUCUUUGCCAGAGUUGCUCCAAAACAAAAGGAGUUGAUCAUCACCACAUUAAAAUCUCUGGGCUAUGUGACACUGAUGUGUGGAGAUGGAACCAAUGAUGUGGGUGCUCUGAAACAUGCUGAUGUUGGUGUUGCUCUGCUGGCUAAUGCUCCUGAAAAACUACCAGAGAAAAAGAAAAAGGAAGAGCUUGCUAAUGAUAAUGAAGCUGGCAGUAGUGUAGAUAAAUUACCUUUGUCAGGACCUGGUCAGCGUGGACCACCUGGUCGACACAUGGGUCGAGUGGCUAAACAGAGGGCUGUGAACAGGGGAGAGAAUCUACAUCCCCAACAAAAAAAACUUCAGGCCUUGUUAAAGGAGAUGGAAGAAGAAGAGAAGGCUCAAGUGAUCAAGUUAGGGGAUGCAAGUAUAGCAUCUCCAUUUACAUCCAAGCUGUCUACAGUCAUGAGUGUUUGUAAUAUCAUCAAACAAGGUCGCUGUACAUUGGUUACAACCCUCCAAAUGUUUAAAAUAUUAGCAUUGAAUGCUCUAGUCCUGGCCUACAGUCAAAGUGUUUUGUACCUAGAUGGUAUUAAAUUUAGUGAUGGGCAGGCAACCAUGCAGGGACUACUCCUAGCUGGAUGCUUUCUCUUUAUAUCUAGGUCUAAGCCAUUGAAGAGCCUCUCUAAAGAAAGACCACUCCCUAAUAUAUUUAAUGUGUACACUGUUCUGACAGUGUUCUUACAGUUCUGUGUUCACUUUGCAUGUCUAGUCUAUUUAGUGCAAGAAGCUAAAGCCAGAAUGCCUCCAAAGCCUGAAGGAGAAUUUGUGAACCUAGAGAAACAAUUUGAGCCAAGUAUAUUGAAUACCACGGUUUAUAUUAUCUCAAUGUCCUUACAGAUCUCAACAUUUGCUGUCAACUAUAAGGGUCACCCUUUUAUGGAGCGUUUACGUGACAACAAACCACUAAUGUACAGCCUUUUCUUCUCUUCCAUGGCUGUUCUGGUUCUGGCUAGUGGUAUCAUACCAGAACUUCAACAACAGUUUGAGUUGGUACAGUUACCUUCAGAGUUUAGAAACACAGUCUUAGCUGUUGUGGUUGGUGACAUCUUGUCAGUAUUCCUUAUAGACCGUGUUAUCCAGUUCUUACUUGGUGGUGGUCAGCUCAAAUCAACAAGUUAAAGUUAGUUCAUGGCCAGUACUGUAUGGCCUGACUUUCUAAGAAUGGUUUUAAAAUGUACCAAAUGUAUCACUCUUAUAACUUGUGUUAAUUGCCAUGUUUAUACAUGAUUGAUUUGUUUUACUGCUUCUCAUUGUCACACAUGGAGAUGAUGACUCAUUCAUAAUGUCUGUGUUUUAUAAUUACUUUUCAAUCACAUUUCAAGUAGUGUUGAAGAAUGGCUUUCAGUUGUAAAGGGAUUUGUUUUAAUUAUAUCUUACUACCUUGAUGAGAUUGUUGCUAGCUCUCAAAGGAUUAAAUCAAUUAGAAACUGUCUUGACUUUUAGUUAGUUACCAAAAAUGGGUCAACUAUUUAUGUAGUCUUUUACAAAGAGUCUAUUAAAUGUUUAGAAAAUCACAAUCUUUAAGUUUCCUUAUAAGAAUUACAUAAAAUGUCAUUGGGCCUUCAAAUAUUAAGGAAGAUAGAAGCUUUAGAGGACCCAAUGCUCAAUAUACUUUUAUUUCAGUUGGCCUUUCUCCUAAGUGUUGAAAUAACACAUAUCUGACAUUGAUUGAAAUUGAAAGGAUGUCUGGUAAUUUAGUAAUGCCUGUCUCUAUUCACCAUUUAGGGAUUCAUUAGCCUACUGGUAACAUUUGAUAAUAUUAGGGUAAGAUAGAUGUCUAACAUUGUUUCUAAAUAAAGGAACAAGAGAGUAGCAUGUUAAUCAAAAGAAUUGAAAUCUACUGGACUUUGUUUUAAAAAAAGAAUAUAUUAGUUUUAUAAUGUAUCUUUUUUUUUUUUUUGAACAUCAUUCAUUUAUUUCAUCUCAAUCCAAUUUGAAUGAAAGAAAUGUAAUGGAGCUCUUUCAAGCAGGAUCUACUAUAUACUUGUUACGAAAGGAAAAUAUCACUUAUAUGUAUUUAACAGAUAUUUGAUUCAACAUUUUUUUUUAAUGAAUUAGUCAAGUAGUACCAUUUUUUUUUCUCUUUAAAAUGUGCAUAUCAUUAUUUUUUGGUUUAAAUAAUUUUCUUUGAAUGAUAUUAUAAUAUUACACUGAUGUAUGGCUGGACAUUUAGCAAAAGGAAAUAUUAUAUUUUAUUGAUAAAAACUGUAGCAUGUGAGCUGGUGUAUGCAGGAACCAGAGAGGCUUCCUUAGAUUUCCUAUCUCUUAUUAACAAAUUCUUAGUUUGUUGUCCAAAAAAAAUGACAUCACCUGUAUUCAAUGUGUAGUGCAUUUUAUUUUGUUUUGUUAGUUUGACAGUCAGAGGACAAUGAUGAUUGUUUUUCUUCUUGAAGAUUUGUAUGGUUGAUUAGGGUUCUAAACCCCCCCCCCCCACCCCACCCCCCAUUAUCUUCUUUCUUAUGUGACUGUAUCAUAGUCUACAUCUCCAACUAUUUUGUUCCUCAUUCUGAAUGUAUUUAGAUAUCAGUCACCUGAUCAGUGUGGAGACCAUGUUGGCUGGAGUCACCAUGUACAUUGAUUGUCAUUGCAUUAUCACUGUCAUACUCACUAGUUGAUUUCUAUCUAUUCCUUGUAAAGCUUGCAUUCUAAUGGUGAUGGAUUUAAUGGGUUUAAGAGGAUUUUAUUAGUAGACAUUAUUUCAUUGUUAUUAAUCUUUGGUGAAUGAAAGAAACCAUGGACUCAAUCUGAUGAUAUGCUUAGUUUCUUGGUGUUUUAAGCAAAUUGGGUUUGAAUGAUUAUACAAUAUAUUUCUAUUAUAAACCUUCAGAGGCUGUUCUAGAAUAGAUUAAAUGAACUGUCGGACAUUUUUAUUGCAGUCCUUUAUAUUGUAUGUCAUAGUUGACAUUCUAUCAUGUUGUAGUUGACAUUCUGUCAUGUUGUAGUUGACAUUCUGUCAUUCGCAGCUGAUCUAAGUCUUCAGAGUGUGAGUCUGUCCAUUCAAUCCUGUACAUCAGGUUGUCUGAGAUAUCAUAUAUAUAUUUCAAUAUGUAUUUAUUUCCAUAGUUUGAAUGAUUCCAUGACUAUAGUUUGAAUGAUUCCAUUACUCUCUUGUCCUAGUGAUGUUGUAUAGCUACUGUACAUCCUUUUUUGAUGCUAUACUUUUGUCUAAUGAAAUGUUUUGUGAACUAUAAACAUUGAUUUCACUGAACCAUUUUCUAAAGAUAUAUUGUAUUAUACGUUGAUUAGAUCCAAUCAAAAUGACCUUAGACCAUUGAGUGUUAUGUGUUGACUAAUCAAUAAUUAUGUUUUAAGAGCUAUUCCUUAAGAAAUGUCAUCCAUGUUCAUUCACAACUAAGAUAUCUGUGUCAACAAAUGAUUUUAGUGUCAAAUUAAAUAUCUAUUAAACCGUUGAUGACAUCAAUGAAUAAAUGUGUUUAAAACAUUAA